CGAAAGUUCUCUUACCAUUGACCGGGAACAACUGCCUCGUUUAUGUUUCAUUCAGUUUUAAACAUUAUAGUUUGAAACUUGAUAUACAAUCUAUUAACAUUUUUUUUUUUUUUACGAAUGUUUCUCUCGCCGUUGACAUUCGCGUGUCUUCAUCUUCCAUUUAAGUGUCAUCGGAAAAGAAAAAAAAAUUGGGUAAAUUAACUUGAUCUCCGGUAGUGAUGAAGAAGAUCCAAUGCAUAAAGUUUUCCCGUUUCUUUCACAGGCUAGAGCGGCCACGUGAUUACCUCGUGCUUCUCAUGUACAUCUCCAUCCUCACGUGCCUCAUCGUCUCCGUCUCUCUCGUUCUUCGCACCACCAUUUUAUCCUCAUCCUCCCCUGAUGACUACUACUCCACCUACGACGCCGUUUCUCAAGAAUCCAUAGACCUACCGGUAAACGCAUCCGUCGGGCCGACCAAUGUAUCCCACAUUCAGUUCUGUAUAGCCGGAGCAAACGAAACCUGGCUUGACCGGAGCAGGUACACCUCAUUGUGGUGGCGGGACUCCACGCGCGGCUUCGUCUGGCUUGAUGAACCGGUUAAAACCCCCAAAAACCACUCCAAAAACCGGUUCUUGAUCCCGACUCGAGUCUCCGAUCCAGGAUGGACCCGGUUCAAUUUCUCAAGCUCGAGAGAAGGUGUUCGCAUUGCUCGGAUCAUAUGGGAUAGUUAUCAGGUGAAACUGCCUGAUGUGCGGUGGUUCGUGAUGGGAGAUGAUGAUACCGUCUUCUUCACGGAUAAUCUCGUCAAGGUUCUCUCCAAGUACGACCAUGAGCAGAUGUGGUAUAUCGGCGGGAACUCUGAGAGCGUCGAGCAGGACGUGAUGCACACUUACGACAUGGCGUUUGGAGGAGGCGGUUUCGCCAUUAGUCGUCCACUCGCGGCGCAUUUAGCCGACGCGAUGGACGGUUGUCUCGACCGGUAUUUUUACUUUUAUGGGUCGGAUCAGAGAAUCGCGGCUUGCGUUAGUGAGCUCGGUGUUCCCUUCACCCAAGAACGUGGCUUUCACCAGCUUGACAUAAGAGAAGAUCCAUACGGGCUUCUAGCGGCACAUCCAUUGGCACCACUUGUAUCGUUGCACCACCUCGUUUACUUGGACCCAAUAUUCCCUAGCCAAACCUCGAUAGAGUCGUUACAAACCCUUAUGAAACCUUAUAUCUUAGACCCAAACCGAAUACUCCAACAGACUAUUUGCCAUGACCUCAAGCGUCAAUGGUCUAUAUCCAUUUCUUGGGGAUACUCCAUUCAGAUUUACACUAGCUUCUUGACGGCUACAGAGCUGGCUACGCCCUUACAGACUUUCAAAACUUGGCGGUCUUCGAGCGAUGGGCCUUUCACGUUUAACACCCGCCCUUUGAAACCUGACCCGUGUGAACGUCCCGUCACUUAUUUCAUGGAUGGUGCGGAGGAUAUGCAUGGUAGGUGGACGAAAACUUGGUAUAGCGUAGCGGAUAAGAAAUAUGGUUAUUGCGAAAAGAGUGAGCGUUCUCGUGUAACCGAGGUGAAGAGGAUAUUGGUUACUUCAAUGAAGAUGGAUCCAGAGUAUUGGAACAAGGCACCGCAAAGACAUUGUUGUGAAGUGUUGGAAGGAGGAGGAAGAAGAAGGAAGAAAGAAAUGUCGAUAAGGAUAAGAAAGUGCGGAUAUAAGGAGAAGAUAUAGUAAGCAUUUUAAUUGUUAGGAUUUCACAAAUCUGACCCUAAAAAAUACGAUUAAACAAGAAAUAAAAACAACUCACUAUUUACAGUGGUACACUCAUAAAUUAUUUUAUUUUUUUAAAUAUUGGUCCAAAAUCUAGAUUCUAACGUCCGCGCAGGAUAAUA